AUGUCGUUCUUGGGACGUUCUGGCUCCGCGCCUUCCUCUGGCGUUAACCCAGAGAGAGUAGAAGUGGCAGUCCAAGAGCUCGACAUGAUCACAGACGUUUUCAACCGCCUUGUCUCUCCUCGGUACGCGGAAGGGGACCUAAACAAGGGGGAGAGUGUCUGCAUCGACAGAUGCGUCGCGAAAUUCUUUGAAGUGAACAAGAGGGUGGGCGAGAAGCUACAGAGCAUGGGUGCAAAUGCUGCAGGCGGAGGCAGCCAGAGCGCAUUUGGCUCGCUAUGA